AUGGAGUUUGGUGCGCUUUUCAUGUUGUUAGCUUCGACUGUAGUGAUGACUUAUUGGACAUUUGGUAUCGAGAGAGAUCGCACAAUGUUGUUUCCAGAUUACUAUUUCUUUUCUGAAAGACGUUUGGUAAAUCAUACGAUCGGAACAAAACACGUCAAGAACUUUGAUGAUUGUGAGCUUUUGUGCUACUUGCACGACAACUGUGUCAGUGCUAACUUCAAAAAAUAUCCGGAGAAAGGUGGAAUAGCUUAUGUCUGUGAACUGAACAACGCCACUCAUCUAGAGCACGAGAGAGACCUAGUUACCGACAACGUUUUCUACUACCGUGGUUCGAAGAACGCCUGCGGCAAAAAUUCUCUGUGCCAAAAUAACGCAGCCUGUCAGUCUGGUUUCACAUUCAAGGGAUAUCGAUGUUCGUGCCCUGCUGGAUUCGAGGGCGAAUAUUGCGAAAAUGGUCCAAAUGAAGAAACCCAAGGAAAUAUUCUUGUUACAGACACGAGCAGCGAGAAAUGUGUUUGGGAUUUGCUGAGGUAG